CCGGACGACUCGGAGGCCGCAGAUUCAGAAUAUGCCAAUGGCGGAGCAGAGUGGGAGUACGAGGAGAUUCUUCUGGAUAGGGGUAACGGUGGUCUGGGGUUCAGCAUCGCCGGCGGCAGCGACAACCCACACAUCGGGGACGAUCCCAGCAUCUACAUCACCAAGCUGAUCCCUGGCGGCGCAGCAGCCGCUGACGGCAGACUCAGGUGA